AUGAUUCGGCGUCAGGCAAGAGAAAGAAGAGAGUAUUUGUAUAAGAAAGCCCUUGAACUCAAGGAAUCAAACUUGUUGGAAAAAAGGCAGCAGCUUAAAGCAGCCCUUGCAAGUGGGCGCCCUUUGUCAAAAGAUUUGGCUGAAGACGCACAGCUACAAAAAGAUUUCAUAUAUGACGAAAGUGAACAGAUAGAGAUAGAUGAUGAAUAUAGUGCAUUGAGUGGCUUAAGAGAGCCUAAAAUUAUAGUAACUACCUCAAGAAAUCCUCUGGUGAAGUUGCUUCAGUUCUCUAAAGAGAUGAAGUUGAUGUUUCCUAACUCUUUGAAGCUUAAUAGAGGUAAUUAUAUCAUUCCAGAUUUGGUGAAAUCUUGUACAAGAACUCAAAUCACUGACCUAAUAAUACUUCAUGAACAUCGCGGUGUCCCCACGUCGCUAACGAUUUCACAUUUUCCUCAUGGUCCAAGUAUAAUUUUCACAUUGCAUAACGUUAAAUUAAGGCAUGACUUGCCAAAUCUUGGAAAUAUUUCAGAAAGUUACCCUCAUUUGAUCUUCGAGAAUUUCACAACAGAAAAAGGAAAGCGUGUUGUUCAAAUCUUGAAGCAUUUGUUCCCCCCUGGAGUCAAAAAAGAUUCUUCUAGAGUGAUUAGCUUUAUCAAUAAUGACGAUUUCAUAUCAGUCAGACACCAUAUUUAUGUGAAGACAAAGGAUUCUGUUGAAAUAAGUGAAGUCGGACCUCGAUUCGAAAUGAAGCUAUACGAAAUCAAGUUAGGCUUACUUGACAAUAAAGACGCAGAUGUUGAAUGGCAAAUGCGUAGAUUUAUAAGAACAGGAAAUAGAAAAAACUAUUUAUAA